GCAGUCAUGCAGUCGUAUCUGCUGCUAAGUCUUUUAUUACUGCCCCGCUUCUCCACUGCUCAAUCGCCGGUCGCGUCGCCUUGUGAACAACAAUUCAGCUACGUGCGCGAGGGCAAUGACUACUUCGGCCAAAUAAAAUUGGAUCGUUUGGAAAGAGGACGCACCGAAAUUAAAGUGACAUUAUCUCAACACAACUUAUUAACCUCUAAUUACUACGGCACAAUCACGCCAUAUCCGGACGGACAACUGCAAGUGACGAGUGUGCCGGCAUUAUUUCGCGUGCAUUUUCCCAAUCCAAAAAAUCCACCGCGACUAACAAAACUCAGCAUCAAUGGCAAUGAGAUUUGUUCGGGACCAGAGUAUGCACCGCCCAGCAGCUGGUUUCAACUCACCUACAUCGUGAAUGCCUACAGCGGAAGUUUGCGACCACAAGUGGCUACGCCAGCGCCUGCGCCACCAGCACCUGCACCCGCACCUACGCCUAAGCCGGCACCACGUCCCAUUCCGACAUCCACUUCAGUAGCAUCAGCAGCACCUGCACAGCAUUCAGCCGCCGCUUCACCACCGAAAUUCUCUAAUAUCUUCCUCACCCAACGCGUACAGCAAAAUACCAGUUUUACUUGUGGCACUGAAGGUACUGUCGUUCGUCCAUUCUUGCACGGUGGAAGUGAGUUGGUACGCGGCCAAUUCCCUUGGAUGGCUGCUGUCUACCGCAAGGAGUCAGUGCACAGUUUGUCAUAUAUUUGUGGUGGUACAUUGGUGUCGGCGCGCACUGUUGUCUCAGCCGCUCAUUGUUUUCAUAGCUUGGCAGCCACGCAAUUCGUGCUCUUUCUUGGUCGCACCAAUUUGGAGAGUUUCAGUGAGGAUGGGUUUUUAACGCGUGAUGUUGAACGUCUGAUUGCCCAUCCGGAUUAUAAAAAUUUGCCAGAUGCGGAUAUAGCAGUGUUGCGUAUGACACCGAUUGGCAGCUUCAACGAUUUUAUUCGACCCAUUUGCCUGUGGACGGAAUCAACGCAAAUCUCACGUGUGGUCGGCCUAUCGGGCACUGUAGCUGGUUGGGGCUCGAAUGAGAAUGGCCAACUGGUCUCACCGAUAGCCAAGAAAGCGGAUGUGGAAAUUGUGAGCGAAGUGGACUGCCUACGUUCGUCUGCGGUCUUCUCCAAGCUAGUGAGCAAUCGAACAUUUUGCGCGGGCAAUCGCAAUGGCGUUGGACCUUGUUUGGGCGAUUCGGGUAGCGGCUUGAUAUUGAACCGCAACAAUCGUUGGAUGUUGCGUGGCAUUGUGUCGUUCGGACAGACCAAACGUGGCCAAUGUAAUUUGAACGAAUAUGUGGUGUAUGUGGAUGUGGCGCAACACUUGAAUUGGUUGGAAGAUAAUAUAUAAUGGAUUAUAUGAAUAAAUUCCUACUAUUACAUACAUGUUUGUAUGUACAUAUAAGCAAA